AAGCUACUCGGUUCAGGCUGCAUUAAUGUUGCACGGAUGGCACAGGGCAGUAAUGUUGUGAUUACACUUUAUAAGUCAUUGCUGUGGUAGUUUUACUGGGAGAGGAAAGCUAUGGAUCUGCAGGAGUUCCGGGAGCGGUGGAAGAAAGAGGUCCGAGAGAGAGAGAGGAAUUCGCAGGCAGGGGGAGAUGCAGAGAACCCCGAGAAUCACAACAAGAACCCCAAAACUUCAGACGAGACGCUAGAUAAACCAACUGGGGACCUCGGAAACACAGACACGUUACAAAACAGAGAGGGAAGUCGGAAAAGCAGCGGUGCAAACAUUCAUUCUAGUGCAUUACAGGGGACGUCUCAUCAGAGCUCAAGCAGCGCGUUACUGGAAACGGGGUCAGGAACCAGCAACGCCGAACAGACGAGCAAGAUCGGUGGGUCUGGAGUCAGCGACAACAGAAAACGGAGUUUGUGUUGUAAAUGCGGUGUCCCGGGCAUUGCAAGCGGACCAGCGCCCCUGAACGAGGACGCUGGUUCAGGCUGCAGUUGUCGGCUCAAACUGAACCGCGAUGGGAGCUCGUUUUCGGGUUCUGAAUCCGAAGUACAGCGUGGCUCCUCUCUAAAAGCAGCAAGCGAAACGCCACUGUUAAGCGACGAAUCACAGAGUGGGACCAGUUUAAGGACUUGUCAUAACCAGCAGGUCGGUUCAAAGGAUCAGCCCGAAUAUAUUUCAAUAGCAGAGAGCUUGCUCGAAGGCAGAACUAGCCCUUUGCGGGACAGGAUUGAGGUGGAGAGGUCAGUGGGGAAGAAAAGACACGCUGAAAAUGUGGCAACUCGUCGACCUUUCCACCAACUUCAGCAACAACCCCUGUGCAAAGUUCACAAAAAAGAAACCUUGGUAGAUCAAUUAAUACAGGACUUGAAUGAAAUCAAUGACAUUCCCUUCUUUGAUGUGGAGUUGCCCUAUGAGCUGGCACUAAAGAUAUUCCAGUACCUGGAUAGGAGAGAGCUGGGAAGGUGUGCCCAGGUGAGUAAGGUGUGGAAGGUCCUUGCUGAAGAUGAGGUGCUGUGGUACAGGCUGUGCCUGAAGGAGGGGCACCUGGCUGGAGCAAGUGUCUCUGACUCCCCCUGCUGGAAAGGCACACUGCGAGACUACAGGCAGAUGAAGGACACGCUUCGAUCCAACUGGAAGAACCGGGUUGGGGAAGUGAGGCAGCUGCAGUAUGAACUGGGCAAGGUGCUGUGUGAUGCCAGCUCUAGCAACGGACUUGUUAUAGCUGGGUACACGUCCGGCGAUGUCCGUCUGUGGGACACACUGAACUGGGAUUCUAGUGCCUCCUAUCUGCAGCCGAGCCACAUUGCUGUUGAGACUGUGCUGCGGCCACAUGUCACCCACGUCAGGGUGAAUGGAGCUGUGGCAGUUGCAGCCUAUGAGGAUGGCAUCGUGGAUGUUUGGAGCACCGAGGCUGGUCGAGAGCCUGUCCAUCAUUACCAGCACCUGCAGAGGGUGCAGGGCCUUGCCCUGGGGACAGAGGGGGCCAUUGUGGCAACGGCCUCUGGCACCCAAGUGCGUGUGGAGCGCCCGACUGACACGGGCUACUGGGAGACAGCAUCCAAGUGCGAACUUCAGAAGCCAGUUGAGUUUGUACAGCUGGUUCCCCUGACAGACGGGGGUCUCUUGGCUGUGGCUGCUGCUGCCGACACUGUCCACCUCCUUCAGCCUGGGCAGGAACACAGUGUCCUCCACUGUGUCUAUGGACAUCCUGUCACCUGUCUGGACACCUCGUCCUCACUGGCAGCUGUGGGGGUCAAGAGCCAUGGGUGGGCCAUGAACGCCGGCAAUAAGAUCCAGGUGUACUGCUUACAAACUGGCCAGGCAGUGGUGGAUCUGGGGAAUUCGGCUGGAGAUUUUACCUGCGUGAACCUGAAGGACAGCCCCCCAAACCUCCUGGUGUCAGGUAACAAGGACAGGCGGGUGCGAGUGUUCGACCUGAGGACCGGGAAGUCUGUGGCAUCUUUGUACGCCCAUCACCUGGGUGUGUCUGUCGUGCAGACCGACGACUGGAAGAUAGUGAGCGGGGGGGAGGAGGGGCUGCUCUGCCUCUGGGAGAUGAGAAUGGGGGCUAAGCUUUGGGAGAUGCACAACAGGCACCCUGUUCGUCACGCCCACUUCAACACGCACACUCUGGUGACGGCCAACAUCCCAGACGAGAAAACUCCCAGAGGAGCGUGCAUCACGGACGAUGACCUGACUGCUCACCGCAGGCACAGAGGAGUGAUCUUCAUGUAUGACUUCUCGGUGGACACGUCAGCCUCUGAUCAUGUCCUUCCCAUCUGCAAGUCGAGCUACACAGAGUCCACUGGCUACAACUACAACAUCGGGUUAGCAGUGCCGUAUGACAUGCUCCUGGCAGAGCCUGGCUCAGCACUUUGACAUCCCCAGAGCGCUUACAGAAACAAAACACGUCCGGAGCAGUGAGGCUCUAGAUAGCUCACUCAACCUGUGUGAGAUGAGUCUCUCUUCCCUGCAAAGACCAUUGAAACAGACUGAAGG